AUGCAAGUGGCCACUCGAGCGAUUUUUACCGACCAUAAUGGCGAGCCGUACAUUGACACAGUCAAUGAAUCUUACGAGCCUCUUCCAGCUGAGGUUUUGGUCAAAGUUCAAUUCUCCGGUAUCAACCCUGCCGACCUGGUCAUCAAAGCAGGCUCCGACAAAAGCGAGCAAUUUCAACCCGGUGACUGCGUUCUCGGAUUCGCUGCGCCUGCAAUGGAUAAGCCAAAGCAGUACGGUGCGCACCAGGACUAUCAUUGUGCUAGACAUUUUAUCUACCACGUCCCCCCUUCCAUGCCUAUGGAAGAUGCCGCUUGCCUUAUGGUUGUAACUCAUACCGCUGCCGAUGCUCUCUUUAACCAGCUUCAGCUGUCUUUUGAAAAUGAGUCACAGCCUCUUUUGGUAUGGGGUGGUUCAAGCGCUGUUGGAAGUGCAAUCAUCCAGCUCGCUAAGAAGGCAGGAUGCCACCCGAUCCUCACAAGCGCAUCCCCUAGGAACCAUGGAAGGCUUCUAGAAAUUGGCGCAACAGAGUGUUUCGAUUAUAAUGACCCCGACGUUGUGCAGAAUAUUCGAUCUGCUCUUGUUAAAAUCACCACCAAGCCACUCGUGCGAGUAGUGGAUGCUGUCGUAUCCCGCGGACAGCCUUCUUCAACCAGCCUUUGCGAGGCUUGUAUCGAUGACCCAAGUACUUCUUUGUUCACUUCUCCAAUCCCUGCUACAAGCGAUGCGAAAAAUCAUUGGAGUCGCACUUUUGCUUGUAGGAACGUUCCUGUCGACUUCAAACUUCCGAACGGGGUUGUGCUUAAGCACGACCCCGACCAGCUUAUGCAAGACAAAAUCGACCAAGCUACCGCCUGGGCUAUUUCGAAUUAUGGAAACGGUUACUGUAUGCCCAAUGUUGUUGUGGUGAAAGGUGGGGAAGAUGGGAUGCGUGCGAUGCGUGAUGUUUCCGCCGGCAAGGCCAGCAUGCAAAAGUUUGUGAUUGAGCAUCCUAUCUAA